UAGUUUUAUCAGUGAUAGCGUACGGAUGUGUCCAUCGAACGACGGUUUUCCAGGAUUCGCGCGCGACCCGACCACACAUAUCUGAAGCCGUUUUCCAAAUGGUUGAACAUAACACAAUCCUGCCGUCGUCGUCGUGCUCAGUGUGUUGUGUGAACGCGUAUCGGUACGGUGAUACACAGUCACGGAAUAGCAAACCUGCGAAAGGAACCUUCUGUCGGCUGAUUUCAAAAUUAUCAUAACAAGUGUUUUUGCUGAAUGUUUUUUUGUGCUAUGGGUUUUUUUUUCUUUUCUUUGUCGAACAUGUGAUCUACGUAAAACAGUGAAGAAAUUGUGUUUAUUCUGAAGAUGAUGAUACCAAUUUGAAUAGAAGAGAAGGCGCAUCCGUUACGAAAAUACUACGGCGUGUGGCGUCCACAGCAAGGAAAGGCCCAACGAAUUCCCCAUUUUGUUGUGCGUCUCGAUGCGUCGCGUUAUUUUGUGGUUAAGUUUAAUUUAGUGUAUUGCAUUCCGCGGCUCCGAGAUAGGUGCGUGGCGUAUAGAAUUUAUGAUUCGAAUUUUGUUACUACCAGUAGGCGCUGAGCUGUUGUCAAAAUCGGUCCCCACUCGGCUUUGUGUGCUUCUUUGACAGUUUGAAUAACAAACCGAGGGCGAAAACAGGGGAAGAAGUGAGAAAAAGCAACAACAAGAAUAAAACGAGCGUUGUGUCGAAAUUUGCAAACGAGCGAAGCCACUACCCGGAGACGCGCUCCAAGUGUAUUCGACCGUAUUUUGUAGGCAAGUAAGGUAAAGACGUAGAAUCGGCAGAAAUCCGCGUGUGUGUAUGUGUGUCUGUAUCCUACGCAAGUGUGUGAUGUGUGUUUUCGGAAUCGUCCUCGCACGGUAGGCGGAUGUCCUUUGUAGGCGAGGUGGCUGUAGCCUCUGUGCGUUAGUAUUAGUUGAAGUUGAUUUUGAAUGAAUCGGAAGCAGAACGUGGAAGCGUGGGGAAAGUGAUGAGGGUGGGGGCAAUUUCAUUGAGUGAUUUGGCAGAAUAAGAGUUUGAGCAUCAAAUUAACUGGUAAGUGUGGAGAAGGUCCUACGGUGGUCUCCAGCAGCAGCAUCAUCAUCAUCAUCAUCGACAUCACCAUCGACCACAGGAGAAAGCACACUCGGUGAGGCGCCAGUUGGGUGAAUUAUCUCUCACCCAGCACACCGUGCUCUGGUAGUCAUCAAAGACAACGGAAAGACAAACAGGGCCAAGAAUCGGAUGCGCAACAGGCGGAAGAACAAAGUCAUUGAAAGUUCCAGGCGAUCCCUCCGACGUCCGCUAGAGGAGGAGGACAAGAUCUGUCAGUUUGAAUGGUUUUUAAAUUGGACAGAAUCAAACCGACCAUCGUGUGUGUGUGCGAGCGUGGGGGGUGCGAUAGAGACAAGAAGAAACAUUAGUCCAGCAUCAUCAACGUGUGUCUCGUGCCAAGAAGUCGUACCGCCAAGAUUUAAUCGUAUCAGCUCAUUCGACGUUUGCCCGAUUGUGCAAGUAAUCGAUUUGGGGGAUGCAAUUUAAGUCGAGAAGUGUAAGCGCACUCAAAGGAUGAAUGAAGCUUUCCUGUGGGUCGUUAUCUUUGUAGAUAGUGCGGCCAGUUCAUAGCCUUUCUUCUUCGCUGUGUGAAACGAAUUAGCGAGGAAGCAGGAAACAUCCAACACAACAACCAGUCCACACGGAACGUGUGUUAAUAACGUACGACAGUUCCAUAUCCCUUCGGUGUUGUGGCUGAUAAGCGGGGUUGCGUACGUAUCUCGCCGUGGGUGGUGGGUGGUGGCCCAAGUCCAGCAGCAAUUCGUACACACAGUUCGAAUGCAUCGUAAAAGUAUGACGUGUGCGGCCAUAAUUGCUUGAUGAUUUCCCGUCCCGUAGCGAGCAUCCGGUAUGAGACAUUCUUACCACACCGAUGUCAUGCUGCACAGUACAAACCCAGUUCGCACAGUGCAGGAAGCUGGAAGUGAACCUCGCAGGAAAAUUAUCAUCUGCUAGAACAUAGGAACACAUACCAAACUCGGUGUUAAAUUAUAUAGACUACCACGUACCUCGGCAGCAGGAGGAGGGAACACAAAUAAAACCAAACGAGGAGAAGAAGAGUGUGGUGUUGGUGACUGUCUGUUCGGGUGUAGAGUCGAUCUCGCAUCCGUCCGAAAACAAUUCUACCGACCAGACGCGAAGACGGGACCGUAUCAUGCCGUUGCUAAGACAUUUCAUCCUUGGCGAAGCUUGCGAGCAGGGCAACGGUUUGCUCGGUCGGAAACAAUUGUCGACAGCUCAGCGGCCAUUCCGAAGACAGCGCCGAUCGAAGAUGCUACUGCCUACGUUUGUGCUGCUGGCGGCGACUCUUUGCGGUACCAUGUGCUCGCUUCCAUCGACACGAGCAUCUUCCCCACCGAACGGUGUUUAUUUUUCCAUCUCGAAGCUACGCGUAACGCUACCCAUCUCGAAGGAGUCCUACAUCAUCCUACGCAACGAACCGAUCGUUAGCUUGCGGCUACUUGCGACCGGUAGCGAACUGCGAACGAACGCCAUCGACCAGGAGCCGGACGAUGACUUCAGCUACGCGAUUGAAAGUCCACCGGACACCGGGUACCUGAAGGUGGACUCGCGUACCGGCGGUUUGUGGAUAACGUCGCACAUCUACACCAUGACGAACGUUACCGAGUUUGUAAUCGUUGCGGUGAACUCAAGCGUUGCAUCACCGUUCGCACACGGCGUAAUGCCAGCGGCCCGGCUGACGCUCACGAUUGACCCGCUGUCGGUGGCUGAAGAUACGCUGGACAGCUUCUGCGAGCAUCAUCCGGAGCGUGCAUGCUUCUGGGACACGGCCCAGUACCGAGUGGCGGAAAAUGGACCCCUGGGAUGGACGAUCGGUGCUGUGGGGCCUGCGUUUUACCGCCGGCUGUGUCCACAGCAUCGUCCCAAGUAUGAAUUGGCUGGUGCAACAACGUCACUCAACAACAGGAGCAACGAGUAUCUGAUGCUGCACCCCAGUGAGGGUACGUUGCGUACGAAGGUAUCGUUCGAUCAUGAUACGCAUGCACCAGGACCAACGCUGCAAGCAAGUGUACGGUGCACGUUGCAACAGGUACCCAUGGAGAGUGAUGGAAAACCAGUCAAAGUUGAAUCUCAAACCGUCGAUCGGACGAUCACGGUGAAUGUGCUGGAUCGGAACGAUAAUCUGCCCCGUUUGGAGGUAUUGAAUGGAACGGGUGACACAAGCGGCCAGCACGAAGAACAGGACGAUGUACCCAGCUACCAGGUGUACGUGGAUGAUCCACAUGUGAAUCAGGGUGAUACCGUUGGCUACUUCCGGAUCAUGUUUACCGAUGACGAUUCCAUUCCCGUGAACACUCGCGUCCAUUACAAGCUGCACGGAGACAUUAUGGAGCUGUUCCGGCCCGAUUGUGCGAUGUACGAAAAUGAGCACGACGGCGGCCUCAAGCAAACCGUGUUCGGAUGCAAGCUAAUGUUCGCCCGGUCCGGUAUUCUGCGAAAGAGUCCCUACUGUGUCACGCUGCAGGCGGUGGACCAAACGGUGGAACUUUCCCCGUACGAUACGGUCCGUGCCGCUGCACUGUUCGCCAACGCGUCCAUCUGUCUCACCACGAACCUGAACCGCAUCCACGAGUACGAUAUGCCACGGCCAGAAGCCCUAACGAGCAGCGGCAUCGUGCAGGCGACGUCCCACGGCGAAGGGAGCGGUGGUGGAUUCCGCGGCGGUGAACCGAAGGCGACGGGUCGAAAGAAAAGCAAGAAGGAAGCUGCCAACCCGGCCAAAAUUGUGUACCCGAAGGAAGCGGUUGUGUAUGACACCUCACGGAAGUACGCCCGAAUUGCGGAGCCGAAAUCGUUUAAGCAGCUAGUCCAGGAAAACAGUGCCGAUCUCAACUUUCGGCUCACGAGCAACCCGCUGAACGCGUUCGGGAUAACGAAGGUGGCGGGAAUCAUUUACCUGAAGAACGAAACCGCAUUCCAGAACAAACCGGAGAGCCGGCACGAGAUAACGGUGGCGUGGAAGAAUUACACCGUCGGCAUAUUGGUUCGCCUUCGGAAGAACCCGAACGUGCACUGUGCACCGGUACCGAUCGAAGAACAGCAUGCGGCGACGGAAGACUUUUGUGCGGCCCAUCCGAAUCGUACCAGCUGUGCCAGUGCGUGCGGUUUGGGUAGCUUGAUGGGUCCGUGCGAGUACCGUGCCUCGGAGAGCUCCAUAUUUGCAUGGACGGAAGACUAUCCGACCUGCUCGUCCGGUUUGUCCCACUGUCCGGACGGUAUCUGUGAUCCGCUCGAGGAGAUGGGUCACCGGGAGAAGAUACACAUCUGUCCGCAGGAUUGCGUUUUCAAGCAGGACAUCUUCGGUGUGCACCAUUCGGACAAGCCACGUGGCAUACAAACCGCUUCCGGACAUUGCAGCUGUCGCGCGUCUGGCCACUGUUCCUGUAUCGAUACGUUGCGCAUUCCUUCGUCGUUCAAGCGAAAUAAAACCAUCACCACAACAUCGAGCUCAACUUCGACCACCACAACGACGACCCCGGUUAGCGUUGGGGGUGUUUCGGGGAGUGAUGUGGAAAUGAUUUCGAUUAGCGGGAAAAAUCAAACUGAAGGAGGAGGAUUGCUGGAAAAUGGUGGUGGAACUCGUCGGGGGGAGCCGGGUGAUCGGUCGGAAGAUGCACCGCCCGCCGCGGUACGUGAUGGAAGCUUUUACGAGCCGGGGCUUAUAAAGGGACCGCACGCCUCGAUCUAUCUGAUCGCGAUCGUGCUGAUUCCGAUGGUGGUGGCAAUCAUGAUCGUGCUGUAUUGCUUCAGCAGAAAGCUAACGGUGAAGAAUAAGCUGUUGGAUGGGAGCUGCGCCAACGGGACGGGCGGUGGAAUGAACAGCAUCAGCAUGAACCUUGUGAGCAAUGAUACGGAAAUCUUCAACGUGGAGCUACCGCUGGCAUCGCGUUUCAAUGAGUUCAACUUUAAAAUUGACUACGACUCAAAGUGGGAAUUUCCACGCUCAAAUCUAAUCCUCGACGCAACACUUGGCGAAGGAGAGUUUGGGAAAGUGCUGAAAGGAUUCGCGACGGACCUGCCGGAGAAACCGGGCAUCACUACCGUAGCGGUUAAGAUGCUGAAAACGGGAGCAAAUUCAGUUGAACUGCUUGCACUACUGUCCGAGUAUCAGCUGCUUCAGGAAGUGAACCAUCCCAACGUGAUCCGGCUGCUGGGCGCUUGUACGAAGGGUGACACACCGCUCCUCAUCAUCGAAUACUGUCAGUACGGAUCGUUGAAAAACUACCUUCGUUUAAGCCGCAAACUGGAGGUCCUGAACGCAGACUACGAAAACUCCGUUGAACCGAUCACGGUGAAGGACAUCCUAUCGUUCGCAUGGCAGAUCAGCAAAGGAAUGGCGUACCUAACCGAUAUAAAGCUGGUGCACCGUGAUCUGGCCGCCCGUAAUGUGCUGCUAGCGGAGGGUAAAGUGUGCAAAAUCUCAGACUUUGGACUGACGCGCGACGUAUACGAGGAUGAUGCGUAUCUGAAGAAGAGCAAGGAUCGGGUGCCGGUGAAGUGGAUGGCACCGGAAUCGCUGGCCGACCAUAUCUACACCACCAAGAGCGACGUGUGGGCGUUUGGUGUGCUGUGCUGGGAGCUGAUAACGCUCGGUGCAUCGCCCUACCCGGGUAUUCCGCCCCAGAAUCUUUACAAUCUGCUAAAGCAAGGCUACCGGAUGGAGUGUCCGAAAAAUUGUUCGGAAGAAAUAUACGGUAUUGUACGUUCGUGCUGGGCAGACGAUCCCAAGCAGCGUCCCAGCUUCAAGCAUCUCGCGGGUCAGUUUGAGCAUCUACUAGGACGCAGUGCGAAGUACAUCGAUAUGGAACAGAAUUCGAUUUCCAACCCGGUCUAUUGUGUUAACGUCGACGAAGUCGAUUGCGCAAAGAUGGCCAUUUGCAAGGAGGAACAGGACCGGCUGGAAAGUCUUUGGACGGCACCGCAAUACGAAUCGGCGGACAACACGAGUGCCGAGCAUACGGGGCGCUAUCAAACACCUUCGGCCAUGGCAGUAGCUGCCGUAAUUUCGGAACUGAACGAAGACAAGAAACAGUUGCUGCUUCAGAGCUACGACACACCACGUCCACUCAUCGAAACGGCCACGAUCGAGCAGAAGCUACGAUACGAAAACGACGUACGACUGAGGCCGAAAAAGCUUAGCAAUGUUGCCGCCUCAGGCCCGAACGAUGAUCCACCACAUCGAAGCCUUCGUUCCGGUGGUUUCAUUACUGCCACGCGAUCCUCCUCCAUUAGUCCACCCCGCUGUCUGAGGAAUCACUGCGAGGAAACGUCCUUCAUAACGUGCGCUGCACACAAGUCGGACCAUCGCGAUACGGCCAGCAGUAACAGCAGCAGCACCAGCAGCAGCUGUGGCUGCACCGGCCCCACCACCGAAUACGAUUCGCCCAGCCGGCAGCCACGGCGCGUCGUGUCGUACGUGGACAUGAACAAAAACAAUCACCACCUGAACGCGAACCUGGAGAUCAACAACAUGGUCGACAAGAAACAGUCCAAAGAUAUUGCCUUACGAUUUUCGAACGCCGAUAACGAGCUGCAGAUGGUGCUGGUCGAUCCGAUCGCGGGCGCACCGUUUCGCACCCAGAGCUGUCCCAAGAGCAUUUCGAUCGAAUCGCAACUGGCGGCCAUUUCGAACGAUGAGACGAUGUUGCUGCAGCAGCAGCAAGAUAAAAGAGCAAACAGUGUCGCUGCCGCCGCCGCCGUCGCCGCCGCCGCCGCCGCCGCCGCCGCCGAUGUUCCGGUGGAGUACGCCCAGGUGGUGAAAAAGCAGCAUGCCGCUGCCAAUGAACACAAGGAACCGGUAGGGCUUACCCUUACCUCGACGGUUUAAGCGUGCGUGCGCUGCUGUCUGAAGAAGAAUGAUAUUUUUUACCAUUUUACAAGAACUUCAUACUUCGAAUACCGCCUUUAAGAUGGAUGCUAUCGCGACCAAGCAUGUGCUAGUUUCACCACGUACAACGUUCCAUAUUACUAUUUAUUUCGAGGUUAGUAUACAAUUUAGCUAAUAUUUUAUAAGGUAAGGCGAUGGACAAUUGGAGCGCAGUAUGUAUGUAUGAACUGUUGUGGGCAGGAACCUAUCAGGCUUUGUACUUGAUUAAAUUUGUUUUCUAUCUUUUUGUUACGUUUGACGCACUGUGCGCCGGCAGACGACAUUUAUUUCGAAUUUUCUUUACCUCUUUGUUCGUUUAUCUAUUUAUGAGAUCAGUUAUCACUUGUUUUUUUGCUGCAUAAGGUAUCCAAUUUAUUCCAAGAAUGAAUCACUAAUUCCAUUACGAUUAAUAAUGUUUGCCUUCGGAUGAAAUUCGGUCUUCGGAAUGUAGUAGCAUUUAAGGAAAUAAAGCGCAAAAAACGCGUGCCAUUAAGUGAAGAGAAA